GCAGCUGACUAAACGAUUCGGGGUUCAAACAGUCCUGCAGGGUGCUAAACCACGGUGCGGUGGGACGGAAUUUUAUGUGAAUAGCUGGCUGGGUUUUUUUUUCGCUCGUUACAGUGUAUUAUUCUGUAUCAUCGUGCCUCUGCAAGCAUGAACUUCCUGCGUGCUUGCGUGAUGUUGAGACUGAGUGCAGACACGUGGCAAGCUGCUGCAGCCAGCCAUCCACUACUCCUCGUCUCUUUUGCACCGAGAGAUCUCUUUUCAGAAUCAAAGUUAGAGUCGGGCUCGUCAAGACAAUUCCUCGGAAAGAAGCAUUGGGUGGCUGGCCGGUCAAACCCCCAUUGUCAGGGGAGGGGCGGUGAAAGUGAAAGUGGGGUAUUGUAUAUCACACUUUCAUCUACUGGUUCUGUGUAAUCAUUUUUGUCUAGCAGUCGCCCUUGCAGAAUGACCAGAGUCGAUCUGCUCGAAGCA